AUGCUACAGCAGGGUACCCUUGCGGUGCUUGCCGUGGUUGUGGCCAUGGCCUCUGCCCAGGCAUACAACGCGUCCUGCACUCCGCAGACUGGCGACUUCUUCUCGUACUCGUCGACCGACAUCCAUGGCAACACGUACGACUUUUCCCAGCUCAAGGGAAAGGUUGUCCUCGCCGUCAACGUCGCCUCGUACUGA